AUGUUCAACAUAUUCAGAAUCUCUGCGGAUCUGUCGCAUUUGGCCAGUAUUGUUAUCCUGCUGGAGACAAUUCGGAAAACAAGACAGGUCGACGGUAUUUCCUUAAAAACCCAACUUCUUUACGUUUUGGUAUUUUGCACAAGAUACCUAGAUCUUCUGACUUUCAGAUGGACUUCGCUGUAUAACACGUUGAUGAAGUUUUUCUUUAUCGGUACCUCGAUCUAUGUCAUCAAGCUCAUGCAGGAGUGCAAGAUUAAGAACCCGGUUGCUUAUAAAGACAUGAUGGCACGAGACACCUUUCAAAUCAAAUACUUACUCGGACCUAGUGCCAUCUUGGCGAUGGUUUUCAACUAUAAAUUCACAAUUUUGGAGCUUUGCUGGAGUUUCUCUGUCUGGCUGGAGAGUGUGGCUAUUUUACCACAACUUUUCAUGUUGUCGCGGUCAGGGAAAGCAGGGACGUUAACCACGCAUUACAUAUUUGCGUUGGGCCUCUAUCGUGCACUAUACAUUCCCAACUGGAUCUGGAGAUACUAUACUGAGAAUAGAUUUGAGAAGCUUUCCAUCUUCACAGGUUUGCUGCAGACUGCGUUAUACUCGGACUUCUUCUACAUUUACUACAAGAAAGUCAUCAAAGGGGGUGGAUUCGAGCUGCCCCACUAA